AGAAUGGUUAGUUGAUUUCUGACUGUGGUUCGAGCAACUUCAUUGACAAUAACGUCUCACUCCCGUUGAUUACUUUUGCUUUUCGUAUUAUAUUUCCUAAGGAAAUAAUGGCAGAAAAUAGUGAAUCAGUACAGUUUAACAAGGAUGAAGUUAAUCCACCAGAUUUUCUCAAUGAGAAAUUCUUCAAGGAUGUUCUCAGUCAAACGGAAAAGGACGAGAAACUUACAAUAACAAACCUCAAAUUAGUUCCUGGAACAAAACCAGGAGAUCACUUUGCCAGCAUUAUGUUCAAAGCGAUCGUAUCGUACAACACGAAAGGUAAAUCUGUAAGUUCGAGAUCCUUAGUUAUCAAGACAAUGCCCGUUGAGAGUGGAUUGAAAAAGGACAUGCUUAGCGAUAUGCCCAUUUUUGAAAGAGAAAUUGACAUGUACACUAAAGUUCUUCCUGAAAUGAAAAGGAUCAUGGAAUCGAUUGGAGAUCACGAGGAAUUAGCUCCAGUCUUGGUUUAUCACAGCAUGGAACCUCCUACUCUAAUUUUUGACGAUAUUACAAAGUUUGGCUAUGAAAUGCACUACACAUUUUUUGACUUUGAUAAUACUGUCAAAGUUUUGAAGAAAUUGGCUAAAUUUCAUGCGCUGUCCUAUUAUAUGAAUGACAAUAAAUACAAUCACACAAAUGAUCUAACAAAGUAUACAACCAUGAUGGUUGACAGCAUGAUGGAUAAACUUAAAGUAUUCUUCGAAGGAUUUGACUAUCUCUAUGAAGAAGUGAAAAAAUGGCCAGGAUAUGAAAGGAUUGCAGAAUUAUUGGCAACACAAAAUCAAACGUUCAAGAAGAAACUUUUGGCAGUUUACCAACCAAAUCCCGAACCCGGAUUCAAUGUGCUCUGUCAUGGUGAUUUUCACAUGAAAAACAUGAUGUUUAUCAUGAAUGGUGAAGAUAUCGAUAAGACAAUGUUUCUGGACUUUCAAAUAUCAUAUUGGGGAUCACCUGCAAAUGAUUUAAUAUACGUUCUCUACGCAAUCGGUGGUGCAGAGUGUCGAAGACGCCGAGGUGAAAUCCUCAGUAUUUACCACAAUACCCUCACUGAAUACCUAAAUCGUUUGGGAUGUUUGAGAAAACCCCCCACGUUGCUGGAUCUCAACAUAGAAAUGUUAGUUAGGGGACCAAUGGAAAUCUUAUGGGCUGUGUGCUUUUUAGCCUUCUUUCACUUAGAUUUCACAAAAAUUGAUCUCGAAGCUGUAGUAGAUCCAUCUCCUGAAGCAAUGUCUAAAGUCAGAAAAAUUAUGUACACAAAUGAAGAAAUCGUGAAGGUGUUAAAGGAAACACUUCCAGAACUUUUUUACAAAGGAAUUUUAGCCUGAAGAAAUAAAAGCACAUAAAUAUGUUUAUAACAUCAUAAAAAUUGUUAAAUAAAGAUUUUAAUUGAGCAAAUAGAAAAA